UGUCCCUGGUCACCACGCUAACAGGGCCUGACGUCGCUGAAACAUCUGCCAGCUGUUCUGCUGUUUCCUCUGUGCUCUGUGGAAGCCCAGGUAAGUCAUUUCUGGAGGAAAGAAGUAGGAGCCUGGGCAAGGCUGGCCUCUGGAUUUGAUCCUGGUGAGGACCAUGUUCCUGUUUCCAUCACUCCUUGCCCUUCUUCUGCGUGUGGUGACGGUAUCCUGCUCAGAAACAAAAACCUGUGAGGAUGUCCAAAAGGCCUGCAACCUGAUCUCCUGCAGCAUCCCAGUCACCAAUGGUACCCCAGGCAGAGAUGGUCGUGACGGACCCAAGGGGGAAAAGGGAGAGCCAGGUCAAGGGCUCAGAGGUUUGCAGGGCCCUCCUGGAAAGCUAGGGCCUCCGGGAGAGAGAGGGGCCCCUGGGAGUCCAGGACCGAAAGGCCAAAAAGGAGAUCAUGGAGACAAUUCGGCUGCUGAGGCUAAGCUGCACAGUUUAGAGAGAGAAGUAAGGAGCCUGAAAGCAGACCUGGACACCAUGAGGAAGUUGCAAGCCUUCUCCCUGGGGAAAAAGCAAGGUAAGAAGCUCUACGUGACCAACGGGGAGAAGACGCCUUUCUCCAAAGUAAAGGCUCUGUGUGCUGAGCUUCAGGCCACUGUGGCCGUCCCCAGGAGUCCUGAGGAGAAUAAGGCCAUCCAGGAUGUGGCCAAAGACAUUGCCUUCCUGGGCAUCACAGAUGAGGUCACUGAAGGCCAGUUCAUGUACGUGACAGGAGGGAGGUUGACCUACAGCAACUGGAAGAAGGAUGAGCCCAAUAACCACGGUUCAGGGGAGGACUGUGUGAUUAUCCUCACGGAUGGGACCUGGAAUGAUAUCUCCUGCACGUCCUCCUACCUGGCCGUCUGUGAGUUUCCCGCCUAAAGAGGUGCGGGCUCGGCCCCCUUCAUGGGCCCCUGCCAAACUCUCCGCUGCUUUGAAAGAGAAAGGUGCUGGUUUUCUCCUGA